AGAAGUGACGAUUGAAUAAGGUACACGGGAGAAGGGCGAAAGACUUGUGAGAAGGAACACCAGAGCGUGCGGGAGAAGUAUCGACCAACAAAGACGUGCAUUCGCGACGAGGCUUUUGAUCUUCCUACCACGUAUCCCUGCUCCUCCUUCCUGAAGGCCCGGAGGUGAAACUAUCCCUCAAUACCUGGACGUUGCAUACGACACGCCACGUGGAGCGCACACGGGAAGACUGCAUCCUUCGCUCAUCCACGAUCUUGUGACUUCGAACACUCCUGGUGACUUUCCAUCUGCCAUCAAACCCCUCGCCAGACCACUCUGCAUGCGAUAACGUCAGCAAGACCCGCUGAGAAUGGCACAUGGCACGGUGGAUGCCAACCGGAUGGGCGGGAUGAGACCACUUUCACCGAGAAUACCAGCCCUGCUCCAGCGACAGCCAUCACAGCAAGAAUUGGACGUCGCCCGGCAUCUGGUCGAGCACUCUCAGAGCACCCAUCAUUCAGUAUACGACCCGCAAUUAUCCGUGGAGCCAUCACAAAAUGCAUCACGGAUGAUGGACCAGAGUUAUGCUUCCACAGCUCCCAGCUCGGAAUACAACAUGAGCGUGACUCCAGCUCAGCAGCCAUCUCCGGGUCCUUCAACCUCUGGAUCAGUCUCCAGCACGCGACGUUCUCCGACUGCAGGUGCAGCGCCCGCCGGUCAGAUGUGCAGCAACUGCGGUACAACGAAAACGCCGCUGUGGAGGCGCUCUCCAGCCGGCGCAGUGAUCUGCAAUGCGUGUGGUCUAUACUACAAAGCACGCAACCAGAUGCGCCCGGUCGGCAUGAAGCGAGGUGCGAGUUCACAGCAAGGCGAAGAUGCUCGAGAUGAUCGACAGCCAUCACCUCAACGUGGAGGAUCGACGUAUGUCACCACACAAAAAGCCAUCACUGGAACGUGUCCCGGCGGUGGUCGUUGCAACGGCACUGGUGGUCAGGAAGGUUGUGGAGGUUGUCCAGCAUACAACAAUCGCAUAUCGAAGACCGCUCAGUUCGCACUACGACAAGCAAACACAAUACCCGCCGAACCGACACCUUCCCAGCAACACAUGCAGACCAUCGUCCAGAACUACGUGCCACCAUCACAAACAGCCACAAACGUGGUCGUUGCGUGUCAGAACUGCGGGACGACCAUCACACCGCUUUGGAGACGCGAUGAAGCUGGUCAUACCAUCUGCAACGCGUGCGGGUUGUACCACAAGCUUCACGGCGCCGCACGUCCAGUACAGAUGAAGAAAGCCGAGAUCAAGCGGAGGAAACGCGUCGUUCCUGCUGCUGGAAACCAGAUUGCUGAGGCUGGCACCACAUUCCCGAGCAACACCGCCCGCAUCGACCUGGAGAUCCAAUGCCCGUGGACUUUACCGACUUCUUGA